CUCCCUCUUGACGCCCGUUUGCGUUGAACCCCUCCUCCGGCUGAGCAGCGUGUCGUCCGGGGUCGACGGAGACGGCUGGUGCUGCGCCGGUGCUGCGCUGGUGCAGAGGGAGAAGAGCGGCGACUGCGCACCGCCUCCGGCCGCCGCCGACACGAGCCGGGGAUGGCGUCGCUCGGCGUGGGGCUGCAUCUCUUCCGAAAGCGGGGAGCAGGCAGGAGCGCCGCGGUGGAGAGGAGGAACCUGCUCACGGUGUGCAGAUUUUCAGUGAAGACUCUGCUGGACCACUCCUGUUUUGACACCAUAGAUGACUCAUCUCCGGAGUUCAUUAACUUCGUUUCCAUCCUGGAGCACAUCCUCAACCACCGACUCAAAGGUCAGACAACUUGGUUCGGCUAUGAGAGUCCGCGGAGUUUCUGGGACUACAUAAAAGCAGCCUGCAGUAAAGUCCCUCAUAAUUGCAUCCGAAGCAUCGAGAGCAUGGAGAAUGUGCGAUCAUCGAGAGCUAAGGGCAGGGCAUGGAUCAGACUGGUUCUGAUGGAGAAAAGACUGUCAGAAUACAUCUCAUCCGCACUGAGGGACUUCAAAACCACCAGGAGGUUUUACGAGGACGGAGCCAUCAUGCUGGGAGAGGAGGCGGGGCUGUUGGCAGACAUGCUCAUCGGACUCAACACCAUCGACUUCAGCUUCUGUCUGAAAGGGGAGGGUCUGGACAGCAGCUGCCCCGCCGUGAUCGACUACACACCGUACCUGAAGUUCACUCAGAGCGCAGACAGCAUCAGCAGUGACGAGGAGGAGAUGAGGACUCUGGGGAGCAGCGGCAGUGAGGGCAGCACCCCCGACAAAACGUCCACCGCCGCCUCCAUCUUCACCGAGCAGAGCAACUUGGUCAGCAAGUGCAAACGCUUUGAGCAGAAGUAUCGCAUGGCGCUGGAGCAGAAGGGUUACCUGGAAGAGCUGGUCCGUCUACGAGAAGCGCAGCUGUCGGAGGCAGUGUCUCAUAACAAAGCUCUUCAGCAGAGCCUAGCAGACACACACCUCUCCCACACACUGGAAAAGGAACAGCUUGAAUACAUCAUACUAGAACUACAGGACCAACUGACAGUGCUGAAGAACAAUGAUUUGCGGUCCAGACAGGAGUUGACAGCCCAUCUGACCAAUCAGUGGCCAUCUCCUGACGCCUUGGAUGCCAAUGCUGUUGCCUUGGACACACUGCUGUACAGGAAGAGCACGGGACACUGGGAGGAGAAGAGUUUCCAGAGUCUGGAGCAGCUGUCUGCAGACAUGAGCCUCUCCCAGACUUCUUUUGAACCGUCACACACACCGAGUCUAGAGGCCAGGCCGGCUAACACACAGUGGCCCCGCCAAGAUAAAGAGGAAACUCCCUCUCUAAGAGGUCUGUGUGGCUCCCUGACAUCCGUUGCCAGCUACAAGUCUCUGGCCAGCCUGAAGUCCAGCGAGUGUUUGGCCAGUCCCGGGAUGGAGAUCAGCAGUCCAGGAGUCACUCCUUCAUAGAAAAUGAAGAGCUAAAAUUAAAAUUAAAAAAAAAAACGGAUCACCAACGGGG